GACUUUAGCUGUUGGGACGGGGAGCGAGCGGAGUCCAGCGCAGCGGCACCGAGAGUGGGAGCGCUGCAGCGGCGCUAACUGGGGACUGAGCGCUGCAGAGAGACCCGCAGGGAGGCUGCACUGUCCCUGUCCCUGUCCCAGUCCCUGUCUCUGCCUCUGCUCCUGUCUCUGCCUCUGCUCCUGUCUCUCUCUCUCUCUCUGCUCCUGCUCCUGCUCCUGCCUCUGCCCAGCCAAAUUUCCUCUGUUUUCUUUCGAGGACUGUAAGUGGCCUCUUCCCUCUCCCACAACCGCGGUCUUUAAUCACUGGGGAAGGUGUUGGUACAUCAUGGAACAGAUCAAGCUUGUUGUGUCCGGUGCGAGAGCCGCCUACAAUCAGGGGAAAACCCGGCCUCUGGAAUUCCGAAUUCAGCAGCUGAAGGCGCUGGAGAGAAUGCUCAAUGAGAAAAAGGAAGAAUUCUCACAAGCGCUCAAAAAGGACUUGCACAAGAAUCCAUUUGCUGUGGAGAUCUAUGAAAUGUCAGGCAUUCUGAACGAGAUUUCCGUGGCCAUAAACAAACUGCCCGAGUGGACUGCACCAGAGCACGUGUCGAAGAAUAUGAUGACAUUAAUGGAUACCGUUUAUAUCCAUCGGGAGCCUCUCGGAGUGGUUCUGAUCAUAGGGGCCUGGAACUAUCCAUUGGCCCUUGCGAUCCAGCCUUUAGUUGGGGCAAUCGCAGCAGGAAACGCCGCAGUCCUGAAGCCAUCGGAAGUGAGUGGGAAUACGGCCCAGUUACUGGGGGAGCUCCUUCCUCAGUACUUGGACAAGGAUCUUUAUCCUGUAGUUAUCGGAGGGCCAACAGUGGCAACCGAAUUGUUGAAGAACCCAUUUGAUCACAUCCUGUAUACUGGUGGUACCAACAUCGGCAGGGUUGUAAUGGAGGCUGCGGCCAAACAUCUGACCCCUGUGACCCUGGAGCUUGGAGGGAAAAGUCCGUGUUACAUUGAUAGCGACUGUGAUCUGGACGUAGCCUGCAGACGUAUUGCGUGGGGACGUUUCACUAACUGUGGUCAGACCUGCAUCGCUCCAGAUUACAUCCUGUGUGACAAAAGCAUCCAAGAUGAAGUGGUGCAGAAGAUCCGUGCAACCAUCACCGAAUUCUAUGGAGCUGAUCCGCAGAAAUCCCCGGACUAUGGGCGUAUUGUCAACCAGCGGCAUUUUAAGAGACUGAUGUCUUUGCUGGAGGGAGUGAACGUGGUGUACGGUGGUCAGAGUGAUGAAGAGGAGCUUUACAUAGCUCCCACAAUUGUGACCGAUGUGGAUCCCGAAUCCAGGAUUAUGCAGGAGGAGAUCUUUGGCCCAUUGCUGCCUAUAGUCACGGCCGGUAGUGCAGACGAGGCCAUUGGCUUCAUCAACAAGAGGGACAAGCCUCUGGCUCUCUACAUCUUCUCUCACAACAAAAAGAUAAUAAAGAGGAUGAUCGCAGAGACUUCCAGCGGUGGUGUAACCGCCAACGACUGCAUGAUCCAUUACAGCAUCGACACAUUGCCGUUUGGGGGUGUCGGUGCAAGUGGCAUUGGGGCGUACCAUGGCAAAUUCAGCUUUGAGACCUUCAGCCACCGGCGUGCUUGUGUGCUGAAGUCGCUGGGUUUCGAAAAGAUGAACAGUGUCCGCUACGCACCCGCCACUGACUCGAAGCAAAAAUGGACCCGCUGGCUGUUGAAGAAACGCAGAGGAGGUGGGAAAAAGCGACUCAUUAUGUUGGCAUUGCUGGGAGCACUGGUUGCUAUAAUGAUGAAGUUUUACUUCAUCUGAUGUGGGGCAGGACUACAUUUCAUCGACCUCUUGGUGACCCUGCACCUGAAACUUGAGAGGAGGUGAACCAUAUAAAAGGCCUCUGAUGCAUGGGGAAGAGAAACCUGACCAGAGUCUCUCCAGUAUCCCAAUUACUCCAUUUUCAACACUGUCAAUUAAUCCGUACAAGCUUCCAUAACAUUAAAGAACAUAGCUCCAUUGGAAGGGCUAGCAUCAACGCAGACAUGAUGAGCGGAAUGGCCUCCUGUGCUGUCAUUUCUGAUUUUUUUCUUUCUUUGUACAAUUUACAUCUGAUUUUAAGUUCGAAUGUGUGGCUAUUAAUCCUUAUUGAUUGUUAUAAGAUUUAAUCACUAAUUAUAAUAAAGUUUAAUCACCAGAA